CAACCGGGCGGGGCACAGCGCGCCUGACAGACAAGGUUGGCGGUUGUGCUUCUUCUGGCGGCUGCGUUGCUUGACGGAAUGGCGACUGCUUUCCCAAUGGGCUCGGGCUCUCGGACCUCCGGCGGCCGCGACGCCCACAUCACCGGCGGCUGCUCCGUGCACUGGUUCCGCCGCGGCUUGCGGCUCCACGACAACCCCGCGCUGCAGGCGGCCAUCCGGGAAGGCGGCUCUGUGCGCUGCAUCUACAUCUUGGACCCAUGGUUCGCGGCCUCCUCGGCUGUGGGUAUCAACCGUUGGCGGUUUUUACUCCAGUCCCUGGAAGAUUUGGAUAACAGUUUACAAAAACUCAAUUCUCGCUUGUUUGUAGUAAGAGGGCAGCCUACUGAUGUUUUCCCAAGACUCUUUAAGGAAUGGGGAGUGACACAUCUUACCUUUGAAUAUGACUCUGAGCCCUUUGGAAAAGAGAGAGAUGCAGCUAUAGUGAAGCUGGCUAAAGAAGCUGGAGUAGCAGUGAUAAUGGAGAACUCACAUACCCUUUACGAUCUGGACAGGAUAAUUGAAUUGAAUGGGCACAAACCUCCUCUGACUUACAAGCGUUUCCAAGCCAUCAUUAGUCGUAUGGACCUGCCCAAGAAGCCAGUUGCCACAGUUACAAAUCAACAGAUGGAGAUAUGCAGGACUGAGAUCCAAGAAAAUCAUGAUGAAACGUAUGGCGUUCCAUCCCUGGAGGAGCUGGGCUUCCCCACUGAGGGUCUUGCUCCAGCUGUUUGGCAAGGAGGAGAGACAGAAGCAUUAACACGUCUGGAUAAGCACCUGGAAAGAAAGGCAUGGGUUGCGAAUUACGAGAGGCCAAGGAUGAACGCUAAUUCACUGUUGGCCAGCCCCACAGGGCUCAGCCCCUACCUUCGGUUUGGGUGUUUGUCUUGCCGCUUAUUCUACUACCGGCUCUGGGAAUUAUACAGAAAGGUGAAGCGGAAUAGCACUCCACCAUUGUCGUUAUAUGGCCAGUUACUCUGGAGAGAAUUUUUUUAUACAGCUGCCACAAACAAUCCCCAAUUUGACCGUAUGGAGGGGAACCCAAUUUGUAUUCAGAUCCCAUGGGACAGGAAUCCUGAAGCCUUGGCAAAGUGGGCAGAAGGCAAGACAGGCUUCCCCUGGAUUGAUGCUAUCAUGACGCAAUUGAGACAGGAGGGUUGGAUUCAUCACCUGGCCCGGCAUGCUGUAGCCUGCUUUCUGACCAGAGGAGACCUUUGGAUCAGCUGGGAGUCAGGCGUAAGGGUGUUUGAUGAGCUGCUGCUAGAUGCAGAUUUCAGUGUGAAUUCAGGCAGCUGGAUGUGGCUUUCGUGCAGUGCUUUUUUCCAACAGUUCUUCCACUGCUACUGCCCUGUUGGCUUUGGACGUCGAACAGAUCCCAGUGGUGACUUCAUCAGGCGAUACCUUCCCAAGUUGAAAGGUUUUCCCUCGCGCUACAUCUAUGAGCCAUGGAAUGCUCCGGAGUCAGUGCAGAAGGCAGCAAAAUGUGUCAUUGGGGUAGACUAUCCCAAACCCAUGGUGAACCAUGCAGAGGCCAGCCGAUUGAACAUAGAGCGCAUGAAACAGAUCUACCAGCAGCUCUCACGCUACAGAGGCCUUUGUUUAUUGGCCUCUGUCCCUUCCAGCAUGGAAGACCUCAGCGCCCCCGUCACAGACUCUUCUGCAAGCCAAGGUAGCUGCACAAUGCCAAGGCAGUCACACUGUGGCCAGACAUCUCCAAAACGGAAGCUUAAUGUUGUAGAAGAACACAAUGAAGAGCUGUACAAACGGGCCAAGGUGAUGCCUGCGCAAAUUCCAAAGAACCUAUGACAAGAAAUUGUACAUCCUGAAAUGAGAAAUUGACAAGGCAAAAGUCAGUUUCUGGAAUAUGCACUUCAGUUGCAGAGAAGGAUUUUUGCCAGAAGGAUCAGAACAUUGACCAACAACUUUACCCAUCAAGUGUGUUAAUGUGUAACACAGAUUUCACACCAAGCCUCUUAAACUCCUGUGCAGGAUGCAGUGAGCAAGCUUCAUCAAUAACCAAAAGCCCUGGAGAACAAAUCUCUGGCUUUCCUGAGAUACAAUUGGAGUCUGCUAAGAAAAGACAUUGAAUAAGACUUGCUCAUUCCUAAAUAUAUACCUGUUACUUCAGGUGGGAUCCAUUUGUUGCUCCAUUUAGAGCAUCCCUUAGUGUUCACUUACUAGCAGGUUACCGAGGUGAGCCAUGCAAAAUAUUUAAUGGUGCUUACCAUAGUUCCAGGAGCUGCAUCUAUUAAACACUCCAAAUACUGUCUCUGCCAUUCAAACUAGAGUGACACCAUGCACCCAGGUGUGCACAUCAACAAAAAUACGUAGACUGCUAAAAUGGGGGCAUGUAUUGAUACAUAAGAGAACAGUGCAGUAACAGCAAUGACCAGUUUGACUUAAGACAGCAAUAGUAAGUAAGAUGGAUGGUCAGAAUGGCAAUAACUAUUCAGUUGUGAAAAUCCACUAUGGCUCUUCCAACACAUAGUGUUCAUGUUUCCAUUUAUUGAUGCUGAAAAGAGGUAUCUUAGACUGGAAUACAGUUCUGCAAGAGUGCAGAAUAUAACACUGGCCACAGAACUUUGCUUCCAUUUAAAAAUCCUGAUUUCAGUUUUUACAAAAAGCAAGUUUCUAGUCCUUAUGGUUGCAAAGACAUGCUUGGAACGUGUGCUGCAUAUUGUUCCUGCUGACCUGCAAACUCAGAAGUUUGAUGACUUGCUGAGUGACAUUUCCUGUGGUCAGAAGGUACAGUAUAGCUUCAUUGCCCUACAUUGUCCUACAUAGCUUCUUGCCUCUCUCCACAAUUAGCAGAAGUGGAGUAAAUCGGGCAAAAUAAGAGACCAAAUGUACUUCAUUUGCAUAAUUUACACAGUUCAGAAAGCUGAGUUUCUCAGCAAAAUUGGAUGACUAUAGCAUUUUUUAAAAAAAUACUAUAACAGUUCUGCUUGUGUGAACUUGCUUUUUUGAGUAGAGUACCUCAGAAACCAUGCCAGUUUUGAAUGAGUUUUCUGACAUUGCAGAAAACUCAUUCCGUUUCACCUUUUACUGCAAGCAGUUCAUGGAAUGGAUUGAAUCAUGUCUAUUGUGACUUAUGUAGAGUUAAUGUGGCACUGGGAGUAAGAGAGAUGGAAAAUACCUCUUCUGUGUGGAUUUUCCUAGCAAUCUCCUUCCAAUGUGCAUUUGCAUCUCUUUUGUUAAAGUACUCCUCAAGUCCUGCACUGCAUGCAUUGCCUUCACCUUAUGGAGUACUUGGAAUUCUAGUCAGAUAACAUCAUAGCACCUUCAGAUUAUUGAUCAUGCUUUCUUGAUUUGUUUUCAGUGUAACCUUGGCAGGGUUUAUUCCACACACCCCCAUCCCCCGUCCAGCCUCAGAUCAGUGGAAAAUACUGAGUUUGUGAUCUUGAGAAGAGAUUGUUUUAUUAUAUAGCAGGUCUCAUAUAGUAACAUGAGCUGUUCUGAGUAAUAUUUUUUCCUGUGUGAAGCGAUUCAGUCCUGUUAGAAGUUAAGAGUCUAAGAAGCUUAUCACAGAUGGAUUCUCAGCAGUUUAUUCUCUUUUUAUAUUAACUCUGUUAAAAUGGGUGACCUAGACUUGUUGAAUGUUGAGACAGUGAAGGACAGCCUUGAUGACACCUUGAAGACAUGGGGAAACCAUCAUUCUAAUUGGGGAGCAUGUGAAAACCACUUUCAGUAACACUUCUCUGAAAGCUUAUCCAAUAAACUUGUUCAUUGAAACAAGUUCAUUGGACACACGUCACAAACAAACUAGAUUACCUAUUCAGGCCUCUUGUUGGGUCUCCUUUUUCCUAAGCCAUCAUUUCUGGCUCCUCCCUAGCAGAAAGACAAGUAUAAUCCAUAUUAUCUGGUGUUCUGUCUCCAGAAUACUUAGUGGAACUGAAAGUAGCGGUGAAGGAGUGAGCACUAUUUCCUACUUCAGAGGAAAGAAAUGCACUUUCUUAAUUUCAAAUUCAAACUGUGACUUCAGUUCCUUUAAAUGUAUCCCUGCUUUUACAGUUGUGUUGUAACUAUUAACUUGUUUUAUAAAUGUCUUUAUCACUGAAUUUCUUGUCUCGGUUAAUUUGAAUUGUUAAUAAAUCCAGAAAAUCCA